CGGGGAGGGAAGGGGAGGGACGGGGCCCCCGCCCGGAGAGGCUCCGCGGGCAGCGCAGGCAGAGAGAGCGAAGAAGCGGAGGCGGCGGCGGCGGCACCGGCACCGGCAGCAGCGACCGCCCUUCCCUGGCCAUGGGGCUUGGCGGCCCGCCGGCCCCCCGCGCCCCGCCAACAUAUGAGUUGUUCUUGCUUGGCGCUCUCUGAAUCACGAGUCCAGCCCCAAUCCUUAAGAAAUUAAGCCGGUUGAGGGGAGGAAGAGAAAGGAACCGAUUCCUCUUCCUCCGUGUCCUGCUCCUCCCUCUUUUGCCGAGUGCUUUUUGUUCAGCUGCUUUGGGUUAUGAAUACUUUGCUGUGUAUCUUGUGGCUAUCAAGGUCAGCCUAAGGGAAGGAGGCUGCAAACUGUUCUCCAUGUCUUAAAUGGACGUCAAAGGAUAUCUUUCUGCUGGCAUGUACAUCCCCAGAUGAUCUGAUCCUUCAUGAACUAACUUCCAAGAAAAAAAAAUAACCACCCUCUUCUUGCUACAGUUCGCUUGCUUUAAUUUAUGGCUUGCUCCCAUACAGAAAACCUAAAUUUUAAUGCUGGGAUUGCUCCCCUCUAAAUCUUCUGGUACGUAGAAGGGCAAGGGUCCAUCUUUGCUGAACCCUCAUCGGGAGAGGUUAGCAGGAGGUCAGGGAGAGGUGGAAGAGACUGGGAAGCACUGUGAGAAGGUGAAAGGAAAUACCCAGCUUUGCCUUUUUUAAGCCCGUUUGGAGGAAACGAAGCUUCUUCCUUUAUGGAUGGAGGUAGUGGAGUUAGUAUGUUCAGCCUAAGCCCGAGGUGGUAACUGGCAGGCAGCUGCAGCACCCUUUCCUUUUUGCCUUACGUUGGACCCUACAUCGUUACUUGGUCAGCAGCGACGGCAGAACCCGAGCGGGAAAGAUGGUCGUCGUAAGGAGGAGGAACGUGAAAGUGUUUACCUUCGCCUUUUUGCUCAUCACAGUAACGUCAUUUCUGCUGAACUACACGCACCAGGUGACCAUGACUACCUGGGAUCUGAGACAUCUCAUCAUGCAGUUUUCAGAGCAAGUCCAAAAAGUCUUCAAGCACCCCAGGAGACCGUGCAGCUGUCGCACAUGCAUUUCUGAGCUAGGACAUUCCCUCUGGUUCGACCAGAGGUUUAAUUCAACUAUGCAACCUUUCCUGACCUCACAAAAUGCCUUGAUCCCAGAAGACAGCUACAGGUGGUGGCUGAAAUUGCAAGGAGAGAAAACUCCAAAGAAUAUUAAUGCUACUCUCAAGGAAUUGUUUGGGAUCAUUCCCGGAGAUGGGGAUCCACUGCAGGAGAGAGGCACCUACACAUGCAGACGAUGCGCCGUCGUGGGCAACUCUGGGAACCUUCGGCAGUCUCAGUAUGGCCAAGAUAUUGACUCGCAUGACUUUGUGCUCAGAAUGAACCGUGCUCCCACUGCUGGCUAUGAAUCCGAUGUUGGGAGCAAGACCACUCACCACUUCGUUUACCCAGAGAGCUACAAAGAGCUGGCAGAAAAUGUGAGCAUGAUCCUGAUCCCCUUCAAAACCCUGGACAUGCGCUGGGUUGUCACCGCUCUCACCACAGGCACCAUCAACUUCACAUAUGUUCCAGUUCCACGGAAAAUCAAAGUCAAAAAAGAGAAGAUCCUGGUUUAUAAUCCAGCUUUUAUGAAAUACGUCUAUGAAAACUGGCUCCAGCAUCAUGGGAGAUAUCCCUCCACAGGCUUUCUGUCUUUGAUAUUUGCACUCCAUGUAUGCGAUGAGGUGAACGUGUACGGCUUUGGAGCAGACAGCAAAGGACACUGGCAUCACUACUGGGAAAACAACGGUUCAGCUGGGGCUUUCCGGAAGACAGGUGUCCAUGACGGGGAUUUUGAGUUCAAUGUAACUUUGACUCUUGCCUCCAUUGAAAAAAUAAAUUUUUUCAAGGGCAGAUGACCCUGGCCACGGGGAGAAGUGGGGGCUGCAGUUUCCAACAUGCAGCAGAGCAAAGCUCAGUGAAGAUGAUCUGGGCACCAGCCAGGUUUCAAUGCGUGUAUCUGCGGUGGAUUCGGAGCGUCUCACUGCUGCAAUGCUCACCGCAGGGAGCUCGGCCGAGGACCGGCUUCCACGCUGCACGUGAUUUCCUAUCUACGGAUAGCUGGAAACUACCAAUCAGUUGUGGGAAUAAAUGAAUCUCUGCUUAGGCUCUACGGCUCAAUUCUUGAAUUAUUGAUGAAAGAUCUGCCUGUUGCAAUUAGGGGAAACAUGGGCACAGGAACUGCUGUUUGUGUGUCCGUUCUUUCCUCCAGUAAGGCAGGAGAUCCUUGAAGAAGAGUGAAAAUGACUUCUGGGACUUGAGACCCACUAGGGCAGCUGUGAACAUCAUAGUAAGGAUUACCUCAAAGAAAUGAAUUCACUUCUGCUGUUGAUCUUCUUUUUGAACUGUCUCUUCUGUUUCCUCUAUUACUUCUGGUUUUGUGCUGUAUUAAGCAAAAACAUGAUGAAGUUGCCUGGAGUAGUAAAUAUCUCAGCCGUUGCCUCAUUCUGCAUUGAUAGUGUCUAGAAAAUAUGGAUCAAAUCAUCUCUGAUCAUAUAUUAUUUAAUAUUGCUUCCUAUACAGCCAUAAUGAGAGAGAAAACAAUACUGAAAACUCCAGCAAAAAACUGGCCUUUUUAGCCACUUGUUUGUUUGUCUUGUUUGAUUAUAUAUGAUUUUUCUUUCUUUUUUUUUUUUUUUUGGUGGAAAGUACUCUGGAAUGCUCAUUUUUAUUUAAUCAGUUUAAGGUUGGAAAGUGGACUUUUUCCUUUUAGUCGUUUAUAUGUGCCUUUUAUAAUUGUGCGACAGAUGUGAUUUUUUUUUUUAAGAUGACAAACCCUAAAUUAAACUUUUUUAUAAACGGGGGGAAAAUUUACCAAAGUUUAGCCUCCAUGUGGUAUACUUUUGUAGUCAAAAACAAUAAUAAAAGCUCCUAUAUUGUAUUUGAGCAAACACAAACAAGACUAAUUUUUAAAGGUAGGUUUUACCUUUUUUUAUGGGAAAAUAUUCAAAAGUUCCAAGGAAACUUUUCUUCUUAUUUUUUUACAAAUUGUAUCUCUUUACAAGGUCUCUACCUGAAAUGGAAGAAAUGUCAUGGGUUAGGAUAGCAGCUAGUAAUACAAUAGGAAUCUUUUGUCCUGUAGCACUGUAGCAGCAUCUACAAGGACACAAUCUACACAAGCUGAUCCUACAGUGUAAGCCAGACUUCAAAAUUAUGUGCAUCUCUGGAGGAAUGAGUGUAUUAAUGUCAGUACCUCGAGGCUGUGAGAGGAGGGAAGUGACAGUGGAGAUUUUAUAUCCACAGAUUUUUGCUGGAAUCAAUGCAUUUAAUCCUCAAGGACAGAUAAAGUAUGAAUCCAAGAGCAAAGUUUAGGUAGUGAAGAAUGGAGAACAGUGUUUUUUUCUUCCUGAUAUCAUGAAAACAGGAUUCAUGGAUUAUUGACCCAUUUUCAGCUCUGGUGAAGCCAAUGGAGUUCGUGCCACAGACUUCAAGGGACUUUAGAUCAGGCUUGGAAAAAAUGGCAUAUUUCAUUUUUAGUGUAUGACGAUGGUUGGGGUUUGUGGCAAUUUAGAAAUCAUCAUCUAAAUGACUUGUCUUUCAUGCACCAGUUGUGGCAGCAUGUCCAAGCAGGUAAGUAUUUGAGCUCAGUGAAAGCCGAGCCCUUCGACAAGUGAUGUGCUUCAGUCCAAGAUUUAUCUACCCCCAUUGUCUUUCCGUGCCAGUUGUUAAGAGCGAGCUCCCCUCCAAGGCAGCAAUUCACAGCACAAUGGCACGGUCAGCUGGAAUAUCCCUAUUUUGGGCCACAGCACCACUCACCAACAUGAACUGCUUUACCCAUGUGAGUGUUACUGGACUCGCAGCGUAUAAAGAACCGAGGAUGCCAAACGUCUGUGCAGGGAACUGAGCUCCCUUUGCUGUACACACGUGACCCUUCAGUUUAGCAAUAUGGAAAGGACAGGAUUUUCAAAUCCUUGUGCUGAGAUCUUUCCAUGAUCCUCACGUCAAGAAGCCCUUUCCCAGCAUGGUGGCCAGCAGAACUCACCUGCAUGUCACAGGCGCAGCAAAUUCAAUGGUCUACUACAUGUCCUUUGUAAAAGAAUGAAACAUUUCUACCUGAACCAUGUUUGUUUGUUUGUUUUAAGCAUUCCCACUGUUUAAACUGUUGUUAAUCCAUAUGCUUCUGGUGAGAUGUCACAGUAAUACAAGCAAAGGAACUUUAAGAGGAAAAAGACUCCAUGGAAGACCCCAGUGGUAUCUUCACCCUGUGGCUGGAUUUUGGAGAUACUUUUUUCAUCAUGAGCUUCAAAUAUUUUAUUUUUAUUUCUCAUGGACAGAUGUCAGUAAUUCAGAAAUAUUUCAUUGCUGUUUCAGUCAUUUUUAGAAAGACUUGGAAGAAAACUCCUAGUGGUUUGGUACCCAAAUCCCAUUGAUUUUUUUUUUCUCACAGGUGGCAGCUUGGGAGCAAAGAAAGUGGUAAAAAAAAAUCAGCUAUCUUUUAGCCUCUGUUGUUCUGGAAGUUUCCUUUUGCUGUCCAAAUUAAAUUUCCAAUUUUCCCCUGAAUAUUCUGCCUCUGACAGCACAUAUGAAACGUCGUGGCUCGUACUAUUGUGGAUAGAUUUGGUGUCUUCAUCAUGGAACAAGCUGCAAUUCCCAUUUAAUUUUCUUGCCGACAGCAAGCACUAACUGUGUACCGCUGCUGUCUAUUUUUCAGAGUGUGAGGAGAGCAGAGAUUGAACCUCUCCAGCUGUAGGUUGAGGCAUAGUCUGUGCCAUCACAUUUCUAUUCCAGAGGAACUUUUUCUCGAGUCCUUCAGGCAACUGACUGUUGUAUUAGAUCUUUGUCUCAGUUUCUCCACAAUUUUGCUGCUCUUUCAAAUGCCUUCAGAAUAAGGAGAUACCAACAGAUGACGCUGAGGGAAGAAUUAAUUCCCACUGCCAAUGUUGAAGACUGUCCUGUUUCCUGCUAGAAACUUUCUGGGUUUAUUUUUUUUAAAAGAACAAAGGAAAACAUUUAGCAACAUGUCAAGGCUUCAAACUCUUGGACUGUAUUUGCCACCACUGCAAAGUCUCUGAAGCACUCCUUGAGUGUGUGUUAUGUUUUUUACCAAAGCCAAAUCUCUUGAGCACUUUUUUUCUCCCAUGACCAGAUUUUCUUCCUAUUUUUCUUUGACUACAUGAUUGAUUAUGUUUGGGGUUUUUUUCCCUGAUGGUGGGGAGUCUCACUCAAUCAUUCUUUGACAUAUUAUUUAUUUAAUUUUUCAGUAUGAUAUGAAUCAAAAUAAAUUUUUUAUUGUAAUCAAA